AUGGCUCCCUCCAGCGACACCGGCCACCUCAUGUCGGAUGCGCCGACGUAUGCCGCUGCGCAGAAACGCCUCCCCGGCUUUCCCUCGUCGUCUUCGGCGCGGCCCCGCGGCCCUCCGUCGGAGAACCUGGGCGCCCCCAGCGAUGACGAGGGCGAUGGCUUCGCCGACGACCAGGUGCCCCGGAGUUCGCGCGUCCCGGACGCCUCCAACGUCCCGCGCGUCGAGGACAGAAUCGGCUUGCUCGUCCAGGAACACUUUGAGGCCUUUAUAGAGAGCUUUGUCGAGGAUCCCCUCUCCUCGGGCGUGCCCACGUCGAGUGCCGUCACCACGGACAAGUACUACAUUGCCCAGAUCAAGGGCAUGCGCAACUUCCAGCUCUCCACCUUUUACGUCGACUACAAGCAUCUCGCGUCGUGGGAAAACGGCAGCUUGGCCGACGGCGUCAUGCGCCAGUACUAUCGCUUCCUCCCCUUUCUCACCGCCGCCCUCCACAGCAUGAUUGCCAAGUACGAGCCCCAAUACUUCCGCGAGCACCGUCAGCCCACCGCCUCGACCAACCAGGCAACCUCGGUCGCCAGCCAGUUCGGCUCCGGCAGCCAGAGCGAAUCGUCGCACCGCAAGAACGAGCACCAGCAGACGGACAAGCUCUUCUCAAUCGCCUUUUACAACCUCCCGCUCGUUUCCCGCGUGCGCAGCCUGCGCGCCGCCAACAUUGGUCAGCUGCUCUCAAUCUCCGGCACCGUGACGAGAACGUCCGAGGUGCGCCCGGAGCUGUCGCUGGCCACCUUUGUCUGCGAGGCUUGCCGGGCCGUCGUCCCCAACGUGGAGCAGACUUUCCGCUACACGGAGCCUACCCAGUGUCCCAACAACGUGUGCUCGAACCGCGUCGCCUGGCAGCUGGAUAUCCGCCACAGCACUUUUGUCGACUGGCAGAAGGUGCGCAUCCAGGAGAACAGCUCCGAGAUUCCCACGGGCAGCAUGCCGCGGACACUCGACGUCAUCCUCCGAGGCGAGAUUGUCGAUCGUGCCAAGGCCGGGGAAAAGUGCAUCUUCACAGGCGCCCUGAUUGUCGUCCCAGACGUUAGCCAGCUCGGCCUGCCGGGCCUGAGGCCGACUGCCGUGCGCGAUGACCGCGGCGCAUCCCGCGGCGCCGAUGCCGGCGGAAGCGGCGUCACUGGGCUCAAGGCCCUGGGUGUCCGCGAUCUCACCUACCGACUGGCCUUUCUCGCCUGCAUGGUGGUCUCGGACACGACGGGAUCAGGCCGGUCUGCGGCUAGUGGUGCCGCGGACGUCAUCAAUGCCCUGACCCAGAACCAAGCCGUCGAGGGGGCCGAGUCGGUCGAGGAAGCCCAGGCCGCCGUCCUGGCCUCCAUGAACCCCUCCGAGAUCGAGGAUCUGCGGGCCAUGGUGCAUGGAGACCACAUUUACUCGCGCAUGGUGCAGUCCAUCGCCCCGACCGUCUACGGCCACGAGGUGGUCAAAAAGGGCCUUCUCCUUCAGCUCAUGUCGGGUGUCCACAAGACGACGCCCGAGGGCAUGCAGCUCCGCGGCGACAUCAACAUCUGCAUCGUCGGCGACCCCUCGACUUCCAAAUCCCAGUUUCUCAAGUACGUGUGCUCCUUUGCCCCACGCGCCGUCUACACGAGCGGCAAGGCGUCCUCGGCCGCCGGUCUCACGGCCGCCGUGAUCAAGGACGAGGAGACGGGUGAGUUCACAAUCGAGGCCGGGGCCCUCAUGCUGGCAGACAACGGCAUCUGCGCCAUCGACGAGUUCGACAAGAUGGACAUUGGCGACCAGGUCGCCAUCCAUGAGGCCAUGGAGCAGCAGACAAUCUCCAUCGCAAAGGCCGGCAUCCAGGCGACCCUGAACGCGCGCACGAGCAUCCUCGCCGCCGCGAAUCCCGUCGGGGGCCGCUACAACCGCAAGACGACGCUGCGGAGCAACAUCAACAUGUCGGCGCCCAUCAUGUCGCGCUUCGAUCUCUUCUUCGUCGUCCUCGACGAGUGCAACGAGCAAGUCGACCGCCACCUCGCCGAGCACAUUGUCGGCAUCCACCAGCUGCGCGACGACGCCAUCGAGCCCGAGUUCAGCACCGAGCAGCUGCAGCGGUACAUCCGCUUCGCCAGGACCUUCCGGCCCGAGCUCACCGACGAGGCAAAGGAGGUGCUCGUGGAGAAGUACAAGGACCUGCGGGCCGACGACGCGCAGGGUGGCGUGGGCAAGAACUCGUACCGCAUUACGGUGCGUCAGCUGGAGAGCAUGAUUCGCCUGAGCGAGGCCAUCGCGAAAGUCAACUGCGUCGAGGAGAUUAGCCCGGAGAUGGUGGUUGAGGCGUACGACUUGCUCCGUCAGAGCAUCAUCUCGGUCGAGCACGACGACGUCGAGAUGUACGACGAGGGAGAGGAGCACGACGACAGCGAGGCGCUGCGCCGUGCCGCCGACGCGGCUUCCGGGGCGGCGCAGCGGGACAGCGAUGCGGCCAUGGCUGUCGACGGGGGCGAGCAACCCGCCGAGGCCGCCAAGAAGAAGCAGACAAUCUCGUACGAAAAGUACAUCAAGAUGGUCAACCUGUUUGUGCAGCGCGUCAACGACGACGAGAGCGGCAGCGGCGACGGGGUCGACGGCGACGUCCUCGUCAACUGGUACCUCGAACAGCUCGAGGAGGACCUGGACGGCGAGGAGAGCUACCACGCGGAAAAGGCCCUGGCCAACAUGGUGCUCAGGAAGAUGGUCAAGGACAACCUCCUCAUGGCCCUCAGAGGAGAAGGCCUCGUAGACGGCGCCACGAGCGAGGCCGCCGAGGCCGCCGGCGUCGUCUACGUCAUCCACCCCAACUGCGCCGUCGAGGAGUUUUGA